AUGCGGCUACACAAGCUCAAGAUGAAUCCCGCCAAGUGCGUUUUUGGAGUUCAGGCAGGCGAUUUCCUGGGAUUCAUUGUCCAUCAAAAGGGCAUUGAGGUCCCUGAGGAUAAGGCAAACGUGGUCAUCAACGCAUCUCCCCCGCGAACGAAGAAAGAAUUACAGCGACUACUGGGUAAGAUCAACUUUUUACGACGAUUCAUUUCUAACUCUGCUGGCAAAAUCCAGCCGUUUUCCCCACUGCUGAAGUUACAAGGACAGAACGAGUUUGUGUGGGAACCUAAACAUCAAGAGGCUUUUGACAAAAUCAAAGCCUAUCUGGCGAGCCCACCAGUGCUUGUUCCUCCCAGAGCUGGAUUUCCAUUAAAGUUGUAUGUUUCAGCAGCUGAGGCUUCCAUUGGCAGCCUCCUCGCUCAGGAUGAUGAAGAGGCAUGCAAGUUGCGGCAUUGCAUGUUGUCAUUUACUACUUGCAUCAUUGCUCAAACCGAUCUAGUCAAGUAUAUGCUAUCACGACCUAUCCUGAGAGGCAGUAUUGGCAAGUGGGUGCUCGCCUUAUCAGAAUUCUCACUACAGUAUGUCCCACAGAAAGCAGUAAAAGGGCAAGCCAUCGCGGAUUUUCUGGCACAUCACCCUAUGCUGGAUGUCCCCGCGGUUAGAGAUUUAGAGGUCGCUGCCACAACUUUAGAUCGCCCAGAUUUGGCGUGCUUACCAGAGUACGCUACACUGUAUCAAGCCACAGUCUCACUCCAGCCCUGGGUGUUAUAUUUUGACGGGUCAAGAACGGAUACGUUAGCAGGAGCAGGAAUUGCACUGGAGAAUCCUGUUGGAGAUCACUUUUCGUACUCAUUCCAGUUGGAAUUUCAAUGUACCAACAACGAGGCAGAAUAUGAGGCCUUAAUCAUAGGCCUAGAAGUACUGCUGGAAAUGGGAAUCAGAGAUGUACAAAUACUUGGCGAUUCUCUUUUGGUUAUCAAUCAGUUAUGCAAUGAGUUCAGAUGCAAUAGCUUCACGUUGGUCCCUUAUUGGAACAGGGCAUUAGAACUGUUGGACCAAUUUGAUAACGUACAUCUUGAGUACAUUCCUCGCGACCAAAAUUUUGCGGCAAACGAGUUGGCCUAG